AUGCCCAUUUUUCCUCAGUAUUAUGGAACGGGGAAUGCUGGCGCGAGCGAACCUCUGAAGGAGCUUGAGGAUGGCAUACUGCAGACGGACGAUGUCAAUGAAGCCAAGCCAUCACAGCGUGAAGCUAAGAGUGAAUUAUCCUCGAAGCGGCGAAGCGAUGAUGUCUUACCCACGGACGAUCUCAAUGAAGCAGGACCGUCACAGCCUGAGGUUGAGGAUGAGUCACUUCAAAAUGUCUCCGGAAUGGAUGCAGACGCCAUGCCACUCAAUGCACAAAUCAAGACGGCAUACGAACAUGUCAUGAACGCCAAGAAGGAAGAGAGUCAAAAAAUAAACCAUGGCAAUGCUCCGGAUGGCUUAUUUUAUUUCGACUUGGGGCGUGAGGCUCUGCCGCCGUCAAUGGCACCAACGGGAGAAAACGUCCAGCUUCCACGGGACACAAACCUGGGAAACAGCUCCAGCGAUGAGGAAGUAAUUCUCUUCAAAGGCCGCGAUGCAGCAACUCAGGUCUCUGACAAAGAAAAGCCUCAACAAAAAUGGACAGUCAUGGCAACAGAUAUUCAAGUGGUAGCUGAGUAUCUCCCGAAGAAGAUUGCGAACGAUGGCGGUCAGGAUACAACUAAGAAUCGACCCAAGCACACUCCACCUAGAGAGAAAGGACGAAAGCGUUAUCAGAAGAGGGAUGAUGACGAUGCUUUCCUUGCAGAUUACAUUGCGAAUAUGCAAGAGAACGGGGAAAUUGAGCAGCUUAUGUCUCCUGAUUCUCGAAAUAUGAGGGACCUUGGAGGUUCGCAAGAUGAAGAAGAUAUGCUUCGGGAAGCGACACCCGAAAAUGUACUAUCUGCCGGCACAAAGCUGGAUAGCCCGGGGAGCCAUACACGCGACAAUGCGAUCGCCAAAGCCAGCAGUGCCAAACUCCGUUCUGUCAAUGACCAAUAUUCUUCGCAGAGCGAUGCUGAUGACGAGAUACUGGCCAAACUUAUCGCUGGCCAGGAUUUGAGUGACAACGCCAAUCAAGCGUGGCCAGAAGAGUUCGACUUCAGCUCUUCCGACUCGACUGAUGAUAAAAAGGCCCCACAAAAUCAAUUUGAUAUCGACGAUUUCGAUGUCAUGGAUUGGGAGCGGCCCAGUCUGAGAAAGAAGAGGAACAAGAAGGCUGCGCAGUCUCAGCCCACCUUUGAUGUAUCCGACGAUGAGUUGGAGCAAACCUUGCAGGCCGCCUGGAAAAAUGAUCGUUUCAAGAAAUCCGAGAGAAAGAAGCGACGCGAAGAGCUUCGUGAAUUAGGAAUGCUAGGAAAAAACGCUGGCACGCCAAAUGAUCCAAGAGUCAAAUAUCCUGAUGGCAUGAAGCUGGAGCAAGUGGCAGAAGAGAUCAAAGACUUCCUUCGCGGAGCCGACCAGAACAUGUCCUUCCCGCCAAUGGACACACAUGGCCGAAAAAUGAUACACGAACUGGCGAACAAAUUCAACGUCAAAUCCAAGUCCAUUGGUAAGGCCGAUCAACGACGAACAACGCUGUACAGGACGAACAGAACACUUCCGUUCGUCGAAGGUCCGUUCGAAAACGCCGUGGCCCGGAUCAACCGCCGGUACUUCCCACGCCUGGAUACCAAGGGUAAACGUAACAAGCGGCCAUCUCAACCGGGGCGUAGCAACGACGCCGCUGCCAGUUAUCGCGAUGGUGAGAUUGUGGGCGCGGCAGCACCUGAGCUUGGCGUAGAAAACCGUGGGCGUGCGAUGCUUGAAAAGAUGGGUUGGAGCGAAGGCACCGCGCUCGGGGCAAUGGAUAACAAAGGAAUCCUUCAACCGGUUCCCCAGACAAUGAAGAAAUCCAGGGCGGGCCUGGGGUAG